AUGAACCAGCAGGACUUUGUAAACGUUAAAGGAGAGCGGUAUGACACUAAGCGUCCUGAGGACUCCGAGAUCUUCAAUGGAGAUGGUUCUUUCGCUGACUUGACUAUGAACCAACACGAUUUCGUGGCUGCGAAAGGAGAACGUUUCGAAGUUAAACGUCCUCACGAUUCCGAGAUCUUCAAAGGCGAUGGUUUUUUCGCUGACAAGACUAUGAAUCAACACGAUUUCGUGGCUGCGAAAGGAGAACGUUUCGAUGUCAAACGUCCUCACGAUUCCCAGAUCUUCAAAGGCGAUGGUUCUUUCGCUGACAAGACCAUGAACCAACAAGAGUUUGUCACAAUGAAGGGAGAGCGCUACGACAUCAAGCGUCCUAAAGAUUCUGAGCUUUUGAAAGGGGACGGAUCGUUCGCCGGCAAAACCAUGAACCAACAGGAAUUUGUAUAUGUUAAAGGAGAACGGUACGAGAUUAAACGUCCGAAAGACUCAGUAAUCUUCGAAGGCGAUCGGUCCUUUGAAAACAUAACCAUGAAUCAACACGAUUUUGUAAAUGUUAAGGGAGUGCGCUACGACACCAAACUACCUAAGGAUGCUAAAAUUUUCGAACGGGAUGGUACAUUUUUAGACAAAACAAUAAAUCAGCAAGAGUUUAUAACAAUGAAAGGAGAGCGUUACAAGAUUGAGCAGCCCAAGGAUACACUGAAAUUCGACUCUAGCAUCGGAGAUGAUUUUCUUCGCUCGGUGUAUCAGUACGACUUUAAACCUAUGGAAGGAAAACUCAAAAGGGUAUGCUUUCAUGUAUUUUCUCAUUCUUUUCAUUCGUCCUUACCGUUUUCUGUUUAG